CGUGCUGCUGCUGUGAAAGAACAACAGGCAACACAGCGCAACCACCACCCACCCAGCUUCUCUCUCGCACGUUCACAAGCACACACGAUGUCGUGCAGGCCUGCUGCGCAGGCGGCAGUGAAGCGAGGGCGCGUGCUGAACGCGCUCGGUGCGACAACGUCGUGUUCAGCAACAAGAACAACAGCAGCAUCGAUGCCAGCACAUGCUUUGAGGCAGCUGAGCUUCACCCGACACCCUGAUUCGUUUGUGUCAGCGUCUGUGCAGCGCUAUGGCGCCGCCACAGCAGCAGCUGCUGCAGUGUCAGCAACUGUUGCAAAGGGCGCACAGCCACGCCAUCCACAAUCACAGUCACAGCAUCAUCAUCAUCAUCAGCAGCAGCAGCAGCAGCACCGUUACUCUGUGCUCUUGCAACCACAACAAAACACACAACACAACAGCAGAUCGCCGAUUGGUGCCAUUGCUGCGGCGCAGCGGGCGACAUCACCGCAGCAGCAGCAGCAGCAGCAGCGAUCGCAGUCGCCUUUCACGCUGCCAGCAUCAAAAGGCAAGGCAGCACCGCAAUCAACGGUGGCGCCAAUGUCAAGGAUGCCACUCCAGCACAGAAGAGGCGCACACACGGCAGCGCGGCGUGCAGCGUCAACCAGCGCGUCGGACCGGCCGCUGUUUGUGCAUGAGGUGUUUCGCAACCGCAUGAGCGACGACCUGACCAUCGAAAUGCGCACCAACUCGGACCGGGUGGAGGCGAUCAUGCGCAGGGCGAUCAAGAACGGGGCGCUGCUGCAGCGGCACCACUGGCACGUGGCGCUGUUUGAGGCGUCGAAGAAGCGCGACGCAAACCUCACCAUGCGCCUGUGGACCAUGAUGCAGCAGCACGGCACGCUGCCGGACGAGCUCAUGUAUGCGAUCACCAUCGUCACGUGCGGGCGCGCGCACCGAUUUGGGCUCAGCGAGCUGUACUGGCAGCGGCUGCGCAACAGCGGGCUGCCCCGCACGGCCGUAUCGUACGACGCCAUGCUGAUGGCAGCCUCAUAUUCGAUGCGCGCAGACAAGGUGUCGGCGCUGUUUGCAGAGGCACGCGAGGUGGACCCUUCCUAUGAGGGCGGGUGGUCGCACCUCCUGCGAACGUACGCGUGGAUGAGCAACCCGUUUGCGUGCGUGGCGGUGAUUGAGGACAUGACGGCGAACGGCGUCGACCUGUCGCCCGUGCACCUGACCAAGCUCCUGCGCGCCAUGGUGAGCCUGGGCCUGACGUCGGAGUGCGAGGACCUGUGCAACGAGAUUGUGCAGAUGGACGGCGUGAUUGCGCACCGCGUGCACGCGUGGCUGCUGCAGGUGUACGCCUGUAUGGGGGACGUGGACAAGCUGCUUGCAAACAUCGACCUGGUACAGCCGCCAUCAUCGACACACGCAGAAAGUGGAGACUUCAGUGGCAGUGGGGCUGUUGGUGGUGUUGGUGGUGGUGCUCGUGUCAGUGUUGGUGCCGAUGAUGACGAUGAUGGGAACGAUGACGGUGAUGAUGGAUAUGGCGUUUAUGGUGAUGGCGAUGAUAAUGAAGCGGCUGCUGGCGGUGGUGGCACGGCCUCAGCAAACACCAACGCAAACAACGGCACCAACAACAACAACAGCAUCGCAAACACUGGCACCACCACGAACACACACGCGAGCACGAACGCCCACACGAGCAGGAGCGGGUCCAGCUCAGCGUCGCACGGGCGGAGACACGACCACCCCCAGUACACGCCGCGGCAGCUGAACCUGCUGCUGCAGGCGUACUCGAUGGCAGGGAAGGCACGCAACGCACGACGCAUCUUCAACGACAUCAAGCAGCUGUCUCGUCUCGGCCACACGCAGCUGCUGACGGUGACGCAAUACGAACGCAUGGCGAUGGCGCUGGCGCAAGUUGGUGACGUCAAUGGCAUUGCACGGCUGGUGGCGGAGCUGACACAGCCUGACUCUGUCAUGGCACCGUCCAACACGAUGAUUGACAUGUACAUGCUGGCGCACCUGAAGACGGGCAAUGUGGCCCAGUGCCAGCGGGUGAUGCGGUGGGCAAAGCGCUCGCUCAACUACCGGUCGUCGGCGGAGAUGUACAACGCCCUGCACGCCCUGGGCACGCUCACGACGCUGCAGGCCGAACACGCACGCGCAGAGAAGGAGCAGCAGGCAGCCGACGAUGAUAGGGAUAGGGAUGAUGAUGAUGAUGGUGAUGCUGAGGAGGAGGAGAACGAGAGUGGUGAUGGGAUGGAGGCAGUGGCGGCGGGUGUGGAUGGUGCAGUGGGCGGUGGGGACAGUAUUGGCCGUGCAGCAGCUGAAGCCACACACGAAGCCACACACGAAGCCACACACGAAGCCACAACUGACACGACGCAAACCACCAUUGACAACACGAACCACCACCAGCAGCAACGACGACCAAAGCAGCAGCACCAAAACCAACGCAAACAAAACAAACACAAGCAACACAAACAGCAGCAGCAGCAGCAGGGCGGUGAUGCGGAGGCGUUGUUUGGGCUGCAGAUGCUGCUGAACCUUGAUCACUACUCGUCGCUGGCCAUCACGUCGCUGGACCGGCCCAUGACCGAGCGGCUGAUUGAGUCGCGGCUCAUGGCAGCCCUCUCCAUCGUCGUCCACGACCACGCCCUCACCAUGCGCACGCUGCGGGAGAUGUGCCAGCGGCAGCUGCCCGUGGCGUCCAUGCACUUUGAGAAGGUCAUGCAACAUCGCCUCGACCACCGCGACCAGUUCCCAGACGCCUCGUGCGAGGACCUGUACGAGCUGAUGACGGCGACGGGCGUGAUGCUGAUGCCACGCGCAUACGGGCAGCUCGCCGUGUCCAUCCUCACGCAGCACAGGGAGGACAGCGCCAGCGACGAUGAAUAUGACAGUGGGGACGAUGACGUGUACCGUGACGAUGUUUAUGGUGGUGCUGGAUAUGACCACGCUGAUGAGGAAGUCGACUCACACGCUGGCGGCAGCACUUUGCUCACCGACAACAGCGACGAUUUGUCCACAACCACAAGCAGCACCAGCACCAGCACCACCACCACCAGCACCAGCACUGGCACCACGACUAGUUCCACCCCUGAUGACGCCACCGCCACCACCACGAGUAACAGCAGUGACGCGUUCAACAUCACGACGAGGAGCGGGCGUUUGAAUUUGGCGGCGCUGGAGGAGGAGUUUGUGACGGAGUUUUCGUUUGCAGAGGUCCCACUAUCCACCUUUGUUGCUGCUGUCAUUGACUUUGGCUUCGACACGUACGCGUGGCACGUGCUGGAGCGAAGCUUUGCCGAGCGCGGCCCACUGGAGCCGCAGGUGGUGAUGCGUGCAUCGCUGGCGUGGGCGCGGCGCGGUGCUGUUGAGCAGCUGCAGCGGCUGUGUCGCGUGGCGGAGGAGCAAGGCAGGGACACGGCCUCGUUGCGGGCGGCACUGCUCACGGGCCUUAUUCGCCGUGAGGAGGCAGCGGCGCCCCACCCAUCUCAGCAGAAGAAGCAGCAGCAGCAGCGCCGCAACCUCGACGGCGACUGGCCGGGCAACGUGCCCGUGGUGUCCGGCGUGGUGGAGAUGGAUGCGUUGUUUGAGCGGCUGCGACGCGAGGCGCCCAACCUCGCAUACAUGACAAUGAUUGAGCUUGGGGCCGUGCGCGGCGACGCAGACCUGACGCGGCAGCUGCUGGAGCAGGCUUGGGCGCACACGCGUGGCUGCAGCUCCGUGCUGGUGCACGCGCAUAUGCGGGCGCUCGCGGCUCAGAAGCGCGGCCGGGAGUUGUCAUACUUUGUGAAGAACCUGUCGAAGUACAACGUGCGGGCGACCAAGGACACGCACCGCCUCUUCCGCCAGCUCAUGGACAGCAUCUAGCUUGUGUGUGUGUGUGUGUGUGUGUGUGUGUG